AUUGCAACGCCGCGCUUUAUCUCCUCUUCUGCAACUCUCUCUCUCUCUCUCUCUCUCUCUCUCUCUCUCAGUCGCACUAACUCCAUGGGCUCAGCUUCUGCACUCUCUCUAUGCUCUCACUCAACGGUGAAUUUUGAAUUUCAUCGGAGAAAACUAGGGUUUGGAAGGGACCAAGCAUUGAACAGCUCGUACAGCAGCUACGUUUUGCUUCCUAUAUCGCCGUCACUGUAUUUUAGUAGUAGUUGUAGUAGAAGUAAAUGCUUGCAAUUGAAACGGGUAAUUGUUCGAGCUUCCUCGUCUAGUAGUACCGGUUCGAGACGUUCGUCGAGUUCUCGGAGAGUUUACAAGGAAUCACAAGCUCAAGCGCCAACAUUACCUGUUGAUCAAAUUGCUUCUUUUGUUGUGCCCGCCGGUGCUUUUGUGGUUAUCUCUUUUGUUUUGUGGAAGCUGGUGGAGAAAAUUCUUUUACCCAAACCAGCCAAGACUUCAUCAGAAGAAAGCAAAUUUACUCAAGGAGUAAAUUGGUUCGUCGUUCCUGGGACAAACUUGUUACCUGGUUUUGGUGAAAAGAUUGAAAGAGAAUCCAAGCUAAGGCUUAAUGAGUUUGCUAAAGAGCUUAGAUCUUUCAGCAUUGUUGACAUGUCAGGUCGAAACUUUGGAGACGACGGGCUAAUUUUCCUAGCAGAGAGUUUAGCAUAUAAUCAGACAGCAGAGGAAGUGAAUUUUGCUGCUAAUGGAAUAACUGCCGAAGGAUUGAAGGCCUUUGAUGGAAUCUUGCAAUCAAAUAUUGCACUAAAGACUCUUAACCUAUCUGGAAAUGCUAUUGGAGAUGAAGGAGCCAAGUGUCUAUGUGAUAUACUGGCAAACAACUCUGGUAUUCAAAAGCUCCAGCUAAACAGCACCGGCCUAGGAGAUGAGGGAGCGAAAGCUAUUGGUGAAAUGCUGAAAAAAAAUUCAACUUUGCGUGUAGUUGAACUAAACAAUAAUCAGAUUGACUAUUCUGGAUUUUCAGGUCUUGCU